UGGCAGUAGAAGAGCCCGUUUCUGGUCCUGACAUACAUGAUAUUGUCAAAUUCAGUUUUGCUUCUCCUCUCAUCAUAUAUUUGGCUGCUUGUACAUGUUACGUCGGUUUCAUCAUUUCAUCUCCAUCCACGGCGCCCAGAAGUUAAAUACAGCUCGUUAUGCAUCAGGAUCAUACAGCGAGAUAAGUGAAACAACAAACAGAAACGAUGGCUGAGAAUCGCGGCAAGCCCCACGCUAUCAUGAUCUCUGUCCCAUACCAGGGCCAUAUUAACCCCUUCGUCAAUCUAGCCCUCAAGAUUGCUUCAAAGGGCUUUUCCAUCACUUUUGUUCAUUUUGAAUUUGUUCACCACAGGUUGUCUAAAGCCCACCAUCUCCAUUGCAAUAAAACCCAAGUCGAUAUCUUUUCUGAAGCACGGGAAUCAGGUCUUGACAUACGCUACACGACUAUUAGCGAUGGCUUUCCUUUGGAAUUCGAUAGAGAUGCCAACUAUGAAGAGUUCUGGGGAAGGGUACUGCAUGAAUUUCCAUCUCGUGUUGAUGAAUUUGUCAGGAAGACAAUCAAGUCUGAUCCAUAUUUGCUCCAUUUCCUGGUAGCUGACACUGUUUUUUCUUGGCCUGCAACCAUUGCUGAGAAGUACAACCUUGUCAAUGUCUCACUUUGGACUGAACCAGCGUUGGUUUUUACUCUAGCUUACCACGUGGACCUUCUAAUAGAAAAUGGUCAUUUCCCAUGUAAAGUUAACAAUAUCCACGAGGAAGUUAAUUACGUGCCUGGAGUUAAGUCAAUAAGUACAAGAGACUUGAUUUCAGUUAGUAUGGAAUCGGCACAAGGAUAUAAUUAUACAAUGCUCGAAUCUGUAUUCAUGGCGUUUGAGCAAGUGAAGAAGGCAGAUUUUAUACUACAUAACACUGUGCAUGAAUUGGAAGCCGAAACACUGUCAGUUCUAAACAAAUACCAGCCUAACUAUGCAAUUGGCCCUAUUAACUUUUUUAAAAAUUUGCCCACAUAUACUGUCAGCAAGAGUUUAUGGUCUGAAUCAGACUGCAGCGA